CUGAGUCUGGCGGUUACAAGCUAAGACAUGUUUUCCCAUCUUCGCAAGCGUUUUGGGAGGGGGAACGUCGAUUGUGGAGAGACUAAAGUGAAGGAGUCUGGCCUUUCGUCUCAAAGUAAUGAUGGACAAAGACAGCACUUCUGGGGAAUGUGGAACAUUGGGAGAGAAACAUCAUCCCCUGGCCCUGAACUAAGCAAGAAUCAGGCCAUGAAGGAAAAGGAGAGGCUGAUUAAAGAGCUGCAGCUCAUUACCGAGGAGAGAAAUGACCUGAGAGAUCGCCUGAGGUUUCUGACAGAGAGAUCCAUGAAGAACAGGCCACACUUCAGGCCAAAUCCAUAUUAUGAAGACCUGGAGAGAAUGGAGGAGGCGGUCAUGUCAAUUUUGCACAACUUAGAGAUGGAGAACACUGAGGUCCAUGAGAACAACCAUAAGCUGAAGAAGGAGAUUACCUUCUCUAGAAACCUGCUCAGCCAGCUCCUGAUGGAGAACACAUGUAGGAAGAAGGUGGUCCCACUGAAGCAGGAGAGCAAGGAGGUACAUCUUGAUUGUGCACUGAACCAGAAAUAUUUGGUUGACUUCAACAAGAAAGAUAAAGACCAUCAACGGCCAGAACCAGCAUUAUCAGGUCUCAGAAAGUGCAAGAGAGCUGGAAUUGGACACACCCCAGUAAGAGAGCUUCCUGAAGAAUAAGUUGCUUUCUUAGGAGUCCCUGAUGACCAACAUCCUGAAUGAAAACAGCACUUGAGAGACAACUUGGGGGACCGCCUUUCAUUAUGUGUGCUAGAGGAGAAACAGCAAUACGUCUGUGCUUCUAAAUGUUCGUUAAGAAUAUGCUUUUAGAAAUAUUUUUGUUAUGAUUUUAAUUGAAGUUUUCUUUUUGUUGUUUCAUAUUUAUAUGUUCUUGUUACUAUUUUUACUUUCAAAUAUUUUUAAAUAUUUUUAUUCAUUUUAAUCCUGUUUUGUUGUAAAAAUGUAUUUGUUAUGAAUAAAAAUUGAAUUCU